ACGAACAUGUCGCGCGCUCUUUAUUUGUUUACGUCUCGAGCUAAGUUUAAUAACAAUAUAAUACACGAGAGUCCGAAUGAGCCAUAAAAUGUUACUGAUUGCAUACAAGUGUAGCAUUUAAAUAUCUGAAGGGAGAAAAGUCUGUACAUAUCAAAUACGCGUGUAAGUCUAUCACAUACAGUCACAUUAAUUUUCUCACAUAUUGUACACAUUAAAUUGCAGGUAUUUAUUUUAAAUUCAUUGGGUGUUUGCACCUGAUUCGGGACAGAUUAUGUAGUGUUUGAGUCAGAAUCAGGACGUUCUGCUCUCAGUGAUGGCAAGUCCAUCGUAUCCCAGUGAUCGCGGGUCUAGUUCUGCUCUUCAAGCGGUGCUGGAGCAGCUGCAGUCCGCACACACUCUGUCCCUGACCCUCCCCAGUCCGCUGUGCGUGGCUGUCAUCGUUUUGGACCGGUACCUGAGCCUACAACAUCCCGCCACUGAGUCCUACAGCUAUGAUAUGACGGUAACGGACGGUCAGUGGCGAGUGAAGUGUCAGUUGGCGGAGAGUCUGACCCGGUUGGUCUGGAAGGGCUCACUGCGCUGUGGGACUGGGGUUCUGGUGGCCCAACUGUCGGUAGUCUACGAUGAAACGAGGUUGAGUCACAGUUACCUGAGAAUAGACAGCAUCCACAGCGUUGUGGAGCUCCCUGAGAGGUUUCUGUCCAUAAAAGACGACGAGAAUAUCCCGCAGUGGAGUCGCAAUGAUGUGAGCCGGACUGAUGGACCCCUCCAGCUGGGCAGAAAACAUUACUUAUCCCUGUGGAUAAACGAUGAUCCUUAUGGUAGCGUGUGGAUUCCCAACAGCCCACCGCCAGAAGUGGUUAUUGAUGUGUCUAAAAUCACUCUACUUGCGGAUCUGGAUGCAUUCUUUCACAGCUCUAGACGGCCGCUCCCACUGCUGGUCAGAAUUCUGCACAGAUCCAGGAUCAAGUACUAUGGAAAACCAGGACAAAGAGUUGACUUCCCAUUUCAAGUUUACUAUGAGGUGGCUGAUCAGAGUGGGAUCAUGUCCAUGGUUUUGUGGAAUGAUCUUUGUCCUGAGUGGUACAAUCGACUGACAGUGGGCUCGGUUCUGUACCUGCAGCAGUACACUUUGAAACACAGUUAUCAAAACCGGUCCAGACCGCAGAUCAACACGCUCUCUAUCAUGGCUUUUCGCUCUAUUGAGAUCUGCUUGAAUCCUCGAAGUCCUGCAUCAAUAGUGACGGUGAUUCCGCCGAAAAGUGUUCAGACUCAGUGGAGCCUUCCUGAUGUCCCAUACAACUUCAUCACAAGGUCAGAGGUGGAGGCAUUAAACAGUAACUAUGCCUGUGACAUCAUCGGUCUUGUGACAUAUGUGGGGCGCAUUGAGCGAAUCAGAAGCAAGGAAAAGUCUGGACCUGAGAAGUUCUGGGCAUAUCGAUGGGUACAUGCAGUGGAUGGGACAACUGACUCUCCCUUUAUCUUGGAGAUCUUCUCGACAUCCCAGCCAGAGAUCUUCAACAAUAUCUGCCCCAUGACGUAUCUGGUGUGCACUCAGAUGAGGGUGUGUCAGGUAGUAGGCAGUUCUGUCUAUCUCACCAGUAGCACAGAAACUCAGCUCUUCAUCACAGGCUGUCACAAAAAGCAGCCAUAUGUCAAUGAACCAAAGGUAAAAGCAUUCAUCCAGUGGACUAAGACACUCAAGGACAGUGUCAUGCUGCGGAGGACUGCUGUCGGAGGACAUUACUGCUACCCUCCUGGCCAACCCACCUUCACACCAACCACCAAUAACAACACGGCCAAUGAGACAUCAAUAACAGCCGUUGCUGACAUGAAGGGGGAGCUAGAGAGUCUGCAGUAUCGGGAGCAUAGGAGAGUGGCCAUACAGGGCUAUGUGGCUGCAGUGCAGUACCACAUCUGGCCGCCAGGGGAACUACACCCUGUAGUCAACACUGUACAAGGCACGUCACAAAGUGAGCAACAGCUGGAAGGUGCUAGAGUGGUAAUGCCUCUCUCCACAGGGGAUGAGGGGUUUGUGGAACAGGGAGAAAUAGACUCAAUAUCAUCCGAUUCUGACACUGCAGCUAUACCUAAACGCAGGAAAAUGCAAACAGACUCAAGAAGAGUAUGGCGUCGAUAUUUGACCAGAUCCAAAGUGCAAUCAGACAGGCAGAUGGGCUUCACCUCUCAUGAAGAGGAGGAAGAGGAGGGCUGUAACAGAGAGGAGGCAGACACAGUGGAAUUUGAGAGGGGAGACGAAGAGGGCAACCAGACAUCAAGUGGAGUCCCAGACGCACAGCAAACUGCCAGCCACACCAGUGCAAUGUGGGAGAGCAGCUACUGGCCAUUACUAAAACAGAAAAUGACAGAUCACUUUUACUGUGGCAAGCUCGAUCAAGAAAGCAUUCCAGAAAAAUUCCAGUUUGAUGACAAAGAAAUUCUGCUACAUCACCUGAACCUGAGUCCAGCAAGAUGGACCCCCGAUCUCAACUCACAUACACACACACCUGUGGCCUGCACUGGCUACUUUACACUCACCAUACUGGGGCUAAAUCACAAGGCUGCAGUAGAUGUUAUGUUUGUGCCUGUCAUUUCCUCCGAUGACCCCAGAGCUGCUGGAGUGCCCCACAGUCAACAUGAUAACUCAUUGCUGUCCUGCCUGUCAACGGGACACCUGUGUGUUCAGCCAGAUGGUACCCACCCUGCACCAGGGUCGUUGAUGAGUUUUGCUCCUCAGAUGGAGUCAGAAAGAGUGGUGUGUAUUGUUGAUUUGUGUCUGCUUGGAGAGAGCAGAAUAGAAAUGAUCUGCUCCAAACUUUACAAGACAGCAGACAUCUGCCAGGCCGACAGCAGAUAAUGAGACUCUACACAUCACAAAAAUAAUCAUGCAAAAUAAAUAAAAGUUUUCUGACUGAAUUACAAAUGUGCCAAGGCCAGUAUCGUUACUAAAAUGCAUUCUGAAGAGCUGAUGUGAGUUCGGUUUGUUGGACUAAGUGGGUUACAAAAUAUUUUUACUGAUUUACACACAAUAAAAGCUUUUUGUUAUUGGUUUGAUAUGGGUGUAAUCCUUUGUUUAAAA